GAUGGAAGCCGAAGAGGGCCGCUUCCGGCCGCCCGUUUCCAAAAUGGCCGAUGCAGCUUCCUGGGGCGGUCUAAGUAGAGGCGGCCUAGGAUCGCAGACGCGAUGUUGCGGACUGGGCUGGGUCGCAUGCCGACACUAUUUCGUAGUGUGCGGACCCGGGAUUACGGACUGCGGCGGCUUUGGGAUUUGGGGGCUUGCCUAAAGACCGCGGAGAGACUUCGGGGCCGGGCCUGGGGCUGGCGGAGCUCGAGCUCCGCUGCGGGACCAGGGCGUGCAGCGGCGCUGGGGCGCGUGGAAGCGAACCACUACCAACUCGUCUACACCUGCAAGGUCUGCGGGACUCGGUCAUCCAAGCGCAUCUCAAAGUUGGCCUAUCACCAGGGUGUGGUCAUCGUGACUUGUCCAGGUUGCCAGAACCACCACAUCAUCGCAGACAACCUAAGCUGGUUCUCUGACCUGAAGGGGAAGAGGAACAUUGAAGAGAUCUUAGCAGCCAGGGGAGAGGAGGUACGCCGGGUGUCUGGUGACGGUGCCCUGGAACUGAUUCUUGAGGCUGCUGAGCCACCUGCCACCCCAGAAGGGGGUGAGGAUCCCACCCGCGCUGGCAAGACAGAACAGAGCUGACCAGUGCACUCCUGCUGCCGCCGUGGGCUCGUCUUCCCAAAGUCACUCACUUCAGUGCAGCCUUUCAAGCCUGCUGUUCCUGUCAGUAAACAGCCAUCACCUCCAGCUUUCCUUCCAAGUGACCUGGUAACCCGUUCAAUGUAGCCGCGGGCGGCUACACACCAAUGUACUGUGACCAGACAUCCCUGGCUUCUAUUUCCUGUCUCUGGAAAGUCAGGAUAAUGGAGAACAGCAGAGAAUACAGCAGCAGAAGCCCUGGCCCGGCCUCUUGUUGUUACGUGCAGCGGGCACAUGCUGGAAGAUACUGCACUGGGCAAGCCAAUGCCAUAAGCCCAUAAUGCCACAAAGCCCAACAGAAGCCAGACUCACUUGGCAGACUUUUAUUUUUGGGUAAAAGAAAACAAACGUACCUGUCGGGUUGGAAAGGACCCGUGAACAACAUGGCAAACACGUGUAAGCAAUAAAUACGCAUGUACAUUCAA